UGUGCAACUGUACGUAUUCGAUAUACGGUACUGUAUAAGUGUUUUUCUUGCUAUCACGAUGGAACACCCUACUCCACACCAUAUCAGGAUAUUUCGGACAAAACACACGGCAAUGAAACAUUCCAAAAGUUUUGCGCAUGCACGUGGACUUCUAGUGAGGGCAGAACUGCGUUGUGCGCGUGCAGACUUUGAGGAGGUCGUGAAAGAGAUUGAUGGCGCUUUGACCCACCUGGAGUGGAAGACCGCCAUAAUCCCCACCCCCCACUUCACAGACACGGAUGGCCCCCUACCCGAGAAAGAUCCAGGACGAGAUGUCAGCACCUGUUCGCAGAACCCAGCAGCAGGAGACCAGGAUGGCCCCCUACCCGGGAAAUAUCCAGGACGAGAUGUCAGCCCCUUUUCGCAGAACCCAGCAGCAGGAGACGCAGCUCCAUUGUCAGAAGAUGGAGGAGGAGGACACUGUCUGGAGAUGAUAGAAGCGCAAAAAGAUGCCUCGGAAGUUCAACGACAAAUGAGGGAGUGUUUACAAAGCAGCCUGGUUCUCGAAUCCGGCCAGAACAUGAGUGCUGAUGAGGUUCUGGAGAGCACAUUGGACUCUACUUCCAUCUGGAGUAGCAUAAACAGUCUUCCUCAAACUGGUUCGCCACGCUACCUGUUGGCCCAGGACGUGCCCCCCACUCCGGAGGCCCUGCAUUGCCAUAGAGACGCCCUGACCAUGGAGCUGCUGUGGCUGCAGCAGGCCAUUGACAGCAGGAAAAAGUACUUGUCUUUGAAGGACAAACUAAGCGUAAGUUGAAGUGGACCUUGCUGUGCGUACUGAUACACUGUCAGUUAAUUGUUACACAUGUUUUUGUGAUUAAAAAAAAAAAGUAUGCUUAACUGCAUAGUUUGUAUUUUCAAUGCUUAACUGUAUAUCCUGUAUUCUAUUUGUAAAUAUAAAACAUGAAUAAAAAUAUUUUCCAAUGUUGUCACCUUCUCGUGUAUGAAUUUUUAAGAUAGAACUGAUCUGUGGAGGACAAAAGACUCAUUGUUUUAAGUGUCAUGUUUCAAGGAACUGUUUGCCGAACAGUGAUUGAAUUUCACCGGUCGGAAUUAAAUCUACACCUUUUAAAUUGUCUUUUUUUUUUAAUAAUUGGUCUUUUGUAAAUUGUAAUAAAAAAUGUUAAUUACAAUUGGUCAGUGAAGAAAACAUCAGUUUGGACACGAAGGUCAUGGUGUCCUGAAAAAAGGUACCCAACCAGGCCACCGUGAACAUUUUUUUCUUUGAAAUAUAAAGGAAACAUCAAAGGCAUGCAAAU